AUGGAUACAGAAGAACUAACUGCUACCGAAAAUAAAGAUGAGGAAUCUGAAUUAGAAGCAACAGUUGACAGGUCUGAUAGGAAGAAAAAAGAAAUACAAUCAGCAGUACCUUGUGCUAGUGGUACUAAAGAAAUAGCGGCACCUUGUGCUAGUGGUACUAAAGAAAUAGCAGCACCUUGUGCUAGUGGUACUAAAGAAAUAGCAGCACCCUGUGCUAGUGGUACUUCAGUCAGCUCUAAAACACCGCUUGAAUUAUCACUGAUACCACCUCAAUUUACGCAAAAUUCUACGUCCAGGACUAAGGGUUCACAAGAAUAUAUUGUACCACUUAUCAGUUUGAGUCCGGAACGUACUCUUUUAGUUGCAGCAGAUGUAGCUGGUGUCAGCAAUGUUAGCAGCAGUGGUUCGCAUAAAAGUGAUAGUGGUUCUUCGGUCACACCGGAAUUUGAUAUGUUUGAUGAUGAACCAGUCAUCCUCUCCACACCAGCAUGUCAAGUUCUGGGGAUCAUAAUGAACAAACAAUUUUUUAAAAAUUCCGCAGCAUCAGAAACGGAAAAUAAUUUAAUCCGGAUGUAUUUUGCUGAAAAGAUUCCUCCGGAACGUGAAAAGGAUGCCCGGGAAGCUUUAGAAAAAGCAGUUAGUCUAGCUGUGACAAGAGUUAAAUCAAGUGGAUUGAGUGAAGAUUUAUACAGUUUCCUAAAUAAUAAUCGUGCAAUGGCAAUUAGCUUAAUGAUCGAUGCGAUGAAAUAUCGGAAAAAAGAAUUUGUACCAGAGUUCUGGAUCUAUGACCGAACAAACAAAAACGAACCGCCAUCAGAGCCUUCCUCCUAA